AUGCAACCUCAAAAAACAAGCACAACCGGCAGUGGAACCAUCCACAAUAUUAAGGAAAAAGUCUUACAUCCAUUCACUCAUGACACUGACAGCAAUAUCACUUACGAAAGCAGACAACAAAAGAAGUUGGCAGAAACUGAUCCAAACUUGGCAAGUCAAUUUGGAGUUAAAGAUGUUGGAAUUCCACACAAGCCAGCAACAACAACAGGAGUAAAUGUUCCUCAAUCAACUACUACAAGUGGUGGAAUGUUAAAUCAACCAACUCAAACCAAUAUUGCAAGAGAGGAAUACAUGGAAAAAAAGUUGUAA